AAGCAAUAGAUUUUGUUCUGGUGUUGUGGAUGUCCGCAAUGUUUGAGUGAUGGUGGUAGAACUGAAGGGUAUGUUCGUGUUCUGGCACAGAGGAUGAAACAAAUGUUCCCAGAGGCACCCCUUAGAUUCAGAACCUCUCAUUCUUUCCUUUACUUGAGCUAAUUUUGCUAUUAGACUUCACUGCUACUCUGGUAUGCCAGUUUCCCCUUUAGCCUACCGCUCAGAAGACUGCGCCAGGUCUCCAGUAAAACAAAGCAAAUCUGAACACACUGUCUCUGAGGCUUUUUCUGACUCACAAAACAAUGGAACUGUGAAACUGAAUGCAAUGAAACUGUACAGACGAUUCAGUUCGAUGAAAGGCUAAGAUAAUGACAGCCUAGUUCUAUAGUAUCUAUCUCUCUAGUACUACUAAAGAGUGUUUUUUCUCUUCCUCAUGCAAAGGCUCUAAUUAUUCUUAGAAACCUGGGCACACUAAUGAGGUCUGUCCUGAGGAGUUAUAGUACAUCAUGUGAGGAGAAUAUUGUCUAGUUCCUACUUUCAAAAUCCAAAGGAAUUGAUGAUGGUGUUGAGUUGUGGAGACUUUAAGAAGGGAAAAGGAGGUAUGGGGGAGGGGAGCUACUUGUUUUGGAAGAAAUCUGGAACCUAUAAACUUGGACAACUUAUACGAAAAAGAACGGCAGAAUAUCCUCAUCUGAUUGGUCAACCCACGUGCCUUUGUCUCCGCCUCAUCCCUUUACCCUUACCAAUCACAAAACGCAUUCUCUUCCUGUUAUGCUUGGCCUGGCUGUGCCUUAGAACCCAGCUGGACCAAUCUGUGGAACAGAUGGGUGGGAACUUACAAGUUACAUCCUCUUUCUUCUUUAAAAAGCCAGAUGCAGGUUGGCUGCUGUCUUACAUUGAGCUAGGAUACUGGACGCAACUGCCGUUCUGAAUGUAGCGAGCAGAUUGUAUUGUUACAUUGUUGUCAUGUCUAGAUGUAGGCAACAUAUGGAUUUCCAAUACUGAGAAUUGAUUAUUUUUCCAUUUGCUUUCUAUUGCUAGCAGACCUGGCAGAUCACUUCUGGUAUUUCUAUAUACAGGCUUGCCAUAGAACAGAGAAACUAAAGGAGGCAUAGCCCAUUAGAGGCCCUGAAUGAGAUAACAGAGGAGUGGUAUUGAAACAGUGUAGGUGUAGAAACAGGGUUAGGUAGAUAGACUGCCAUGAGAGAGGAUCCGUCAAGCUGUGGUGAAUACCCUGAGGGAGGGGUGGUGUCCAGCGAGGAAGAGCCAGACUGCGCUCCAAACAAAUGCCCUGUGGUGGUGGUAACACCAGGGGCUGGCGGGCGUAAAAGGGUCACCAGGAAAGACAACAUUUCAUCGCCAACAGAGGACAACAAGUCAACAACAGGAGGGCCUCCCAGUCUGAUCCCAUCAGGACCAAAGAGGCCUAAGAAGAGUCCCCAGCCCUCCCUGUCUCCUCUCCCCAUCCCAGGCCAGCCCCUAGAGGACCCUCAGCACCAGCGGGUGGUCGCCAAUGUACGGGAGCGCCAACGGACGCAGUCCCUGAACGACGCCUUUGCCUCGCUUCGUAAGAUCAUCCCCACGCUGCCGUCAGACAAGCUGAGCAAGAUCCAGAUCCUGAAGCUGGCCUCGCGCUACAUUGACUUCCUCUACCAAGUCCUGCAGAGUGAUGAGAUGGACGCCAAGCUGGCCAGCUGUAACUACCUAGCCCACGAGAGACUCAGCUAUGCAUUCUCAGUGUGGAGGAUGGAGGGGGCCUGGUCCAUGUCCGCUACCCACUAGCCCUCCCACUUACCUCUCUAACACCCUCUCGUCCUCCCCUCCUGCCCCCGCGCCCUCCCACAGCUGCGCCCUCCGGACCAAAUCUCCCAUGACCUCUGACCCCUGCUCUCUGACCCUCAUCCUCACAUCAUCUAACUCCUUCACCACUCUACACCAGCAUCCGACCAAGGCGAUUGAGAAGCCUUCGCGUUGGUCUGCAAUCCCUUUGAUUACUGGUUUGUACUUACACCUCUGGACCAACUAAAUCACAGGUCUCAGCCCUGCCCUGCCUCUGGAGAGGUACUGUAGAGACACGGCUUCCUCGAGCGCACACAGAAUCAGCGGGACAACAAUUUUGAGCUACCAGCAGGCCUGGAAGAGGGACAACUAUAGCUUUUUAUGACCUGGAAAUUGCAACUUUGACUUAGAAACAGUUUUGUACACAAAUGUAAGUCAUGUGAAUGUUCCUAUUCUAGUGUAAAUACAUGUAGUCACAACCAAUAGAACAUUCUUGAUUAAAAGGGAAUCAGUUGCUGUAAAGAAUGUAUUUUUAUUACAAUUGUAGAUAUGUGGAUAAAAUAUGCCUUGUGAUUUUCUUGUCCAUAUAAUAAAAUGUGUAUUUGAG